CAAAGUGGGAUUGGGACUUUCAUCAAGCCCAAGCUGCUCGAUGCGAUUCGCCACUCUAGGGUUGCCCUUGUCGUGUUCACCACCAACUACGGCCGACUCGAGGUGGUGCUUGAACGAUCUGGUGGAGAUCCUGGAGUGCAACAGGAGGUUCAGAGUCAUCAGGGUCACGUGGUUCUGCCCAUUUUCUAUGAUGUUGAGCCAGGGGACGUUCGAAAACAGAGCGGACGAUUCGGGGAUGGUUUUGGAAUAUGUUUGGCCACCCACACGGACAAUUUGCUGGUGCAGAAGGGGAGGGAUGCACUUAAAGAAGCUGGGAAUUUGUCAGGAUGGCAUUUGAAUAAUGAUGCUAAUGGCGAUCAAUCAAACUUCAUCGAGCAAAUUGUAGGAAUUCUCUUCAGAAUCAGUCCUAGACCAAUCUCCCCCUAUUUUGUCAGAAAUGCUAUUGGGGUAGAUUCCUUUGUAGAGGAUGUGAUAUCGUUGCUGGAAAUUGGGUCAGAGGAUGAUGUUCGUGUGGUUGCAAUAUGGGGAAUGAAAGGAAUUGGUAAGACGACGGUGGCAAAAGUUGUCUGCGAUUGUGUUUUUAGGGAAUUUGAAGGUGUUAGCUUACUCGAAAAUGCCGGAGAUGCAAAUCAAGUUACACUUUUACUUCUUCAGAAGAGACUUCUCCACAAUGUUCUUAAGGUACAAGGUCUAGAAAUGUUUGAUCUUAACAGCAACAUCAACUAGAUAAAAACUAAGCUCUGCUGGAAAAGGAUCCUUCUAGUUCUCGAUAACAUCACUAAGAAGGACCGAAUUGAGUAUUUCGGUGCUGGAGAUCGAGAAUGGUUCCAACAUGGGAGUAGAAUUUCGAUAACUACAAGAGAUGAGCAGUUGCUGUAAGAUCUCAAGGGAGAUAGCAGGUAAAUGCUCCCAGGAUUGACUCGUAAAGAAUCGCUCCAACUCCUGAGUCGCCAUGCCUUCUGCAAAGACCAUCCGGUUUGUCAUUACAUUUUAAUGAUCGCUACAGAUAAGUUUGGAUUGGUUAACUGAAUAUCUAACUUCAGUCUCGGGUUAUAUUACAAGUCAUUUUGGUUCUAACAUAAUCAAUUCACUCACAUUUCAAAGCAACAAAAGAACAUAUGGACCAUGCGGUACUGAAAAGGGAAGGUAUUUUUCAUUUCCAGCCACCGGGGGAAGAUCGUUGGAUUUUGUGGAAGUUAUGGUACCUAUUUGGAAUCUAUUGGAGCGUACUUAGAACAAAUAUCUCGUCUUUAUCCAAUCAAGUCUAUCGGGCCAUUUGGAGGCCAAGGUGGACAGCCUUGGGAUGAUGGAAAAUAUAAUGGCGUGAAGAAAAUAAAGAUACUGUUGGAAAGUGUUGUCAACUACAUCGCCAUUGAGUAUGACAAAGAUUGCGAGUCCAUUUAGUCUUCCACACAUGGUAGAAGUGGCAAAGGCGAAGUUUAUAUGGUGAAUUUAUCAAGUUUUAGGAUUAGGAAUAUCUUUCUUAACAAUCUUUUCUGUUACUUUGCCACCGCCAAAGAAAGUUCAUUGACUUUCAAGUCUCUGUAUAUCGUCAUCUUUGCUGCAACGAUUGAAUAUGGAAGGAAAAACCUGAAAGGGAAAAGAAAUGAGGAGCUUAGGUUAAAUAUGAUUAGUUUUAGCAUUUACUUAUUUUCGUUUCCUCCGUCCAACUUGAUUUCCUAUCAUAAUUAAGCACAUUAAUUGAUAACUUUGUAGCUUGAUUUGGACUACCCACACGAAUACUUAACCUCGGUCUUGGGUUAUAUCAGACAUGAUUUUGGCUCGGUUGUCAUUCGAUUGCUGACAUUUCAAACUAAUACAAGACUGCACGGACCGUUUGGUGAGAAAAAAGGAGGGUUCUUUUGCUGUCCAUUGAUAUGUAGCAUGAUAAUUGGCUUUUAUGGAAGAUCAGGUGCCCAUCUUGAUUCAAUAGGAGUUCACGCAGAACCAAUUUCUUGUUUUGGUCCUUCCAAAUCCAUCGAGCCUUUUGGAGGUCAAGGCGGCGGCCCUAGGGAUGAUGGUAUCCACACAGACGGAAG